AAGUAGUUAACACGGCUUACUAUUCAACUUCUUUUGUUUUCUCUCUCAUAUUCUUUUCUUCCAAACACCCCGUCUCUUCCACUCUCUGUCUAUAUAAUACAUUCAGCUGAAAACCCAGGAAAAUUACGGAGGAAAAAAGUGAUUUGGGUAUUACUUAAAUUCGAGUAAAAACCAAGGAAAGUGCGAGAAAACAUGAAGGAAAAUCUGGGAAUUUUUGUGCUCGUUUGGUUUCUUCUAUAUGGGACUUGCUUGGGUAGGUUUGUAGUGGAGAAGAACAGCUUGAAGGUGACUUCACCAGAGUCACUGAAAGGUGUUUAUGAAUGUGCUAUUGGGAACUUUGGGGUUCCCCAAUAUGGAGGAACCAUGGUUGGGAUUGCGGUUUACCCAGAAACUAAUCAAGAUGGAUGCAAGAGCUUCGAUGAUGAUGUCAACUUCAAAUCCAAGCCUGGUGGCUUCCCCAUCUUUGUUCUUCUUGAUCGAGGAGAUUGUUACUUCACCUUGAAGGCAUGGAAUGCACAGAAUGCUGGAGCAGCAGCUAUUCUAGUUGAGGAUGACAGGGUUGAAACUUUGAUCACCAUGGACAUCCCAGAAGAUGAGGUUAAACGGGCAGAUUAUCUGCAAAAUAUAAGCAUUCCGCUUACUACUCAACUUCUUUUGUUUUCUCUCUCAUACAAGAACGCUUUAUCUAGUGGUGAGCUGGUUAAGAUAAACCUUGAUUGGAGAGAGUCUCUUCCUCAUCCUGAUGAACGGGUUGAGUAUGAGUUAUGGACGAAUAGCAAUGAUGAGUGUGGGCCUAAAUGUGAUAGUCAGAUCAAUUUUGUCAAGAACUUCAAAGGAGCAGCUCAGAUUCUUGAAAAGAAAGGGUACACUCAAUUUACCCCACACUACAUAACUUGGUAUUGCCCAAAGACUUUUGUCUCGAGCAAACAGUGCGAGUCUCAGUGCAUCAACCAUGGAAGGUAUUGUGCUCCUGAUCCAGAGCAGGACUUCAGUAUAGGGUAUAAUGGGAAGGAUGUUGUCAUUCAGAAUUUGCGGCAAGCUUGCCUUUUCAAGGUGGCCAAUGAAAGUGGAAAACCAUGGCUUUGGUGGGACUAUGUGACUGAUUUUGCAAUCCGUUGCCCAAUGAAGGAGAAGAAGUACACCAAUGAUUGCGCGAAUGAAGUUAUCAAAUCACUUGGGGUUGAUGUCGAGCAGAUAGACAAAUGUAUAGGGGAUACUGACGCAAACGUAGAUAACCUGGUUCUCAAGGCUGAGCAGGAGGCACAGAUUGGCAAUGGCUCGCGUGGGGAUGUGACCAUAUUGCCAACUCUUGUCAUAAACAACCAACAGUAUAGAGGUAAGCUGGCCAAGGGUGCAGUUCUAAAAGCCAUAUGUUCAGGUUUCAAGGAGACCACAGAGCCUAUGAUUUGCUUAAGUGAAGAUAUAGAAACAAAUGAGUGUCUAGAAAACAAUGGUGGAUGCUGGCAAGAUAGGGUUGCUAACAUCACUGCAUGCCGGGAUACUUUUCGAGGGAGAGUAUGUGAAUGCCCAAUUGUGGAGGGUGUAAAGUUUGUUGGUAAUGGUUAUACUCACUGUGAAGCUUCAGGUCCUUUACGGUGUGAGUUAAAUAAUGGAGGCUGUUGGAAGGAGACCCAGGAUGGAAGGACCUAUUCUGCCUGCAUUGAUGACCAUUCAAAACGUUGCGAGUGUCCCCCGGGAUUCAAAGGUGAUGGAGUCAACACUUGUGAAGAUAUUGAUGAAUGCAAAGAAAAGUCGGCUUGCCAAUGCCCAGGUUGCAACUGCAAGAAUACCUGGGGCAGUUAUGGGUGCAGCUGUGGUGGCAAUUUAUUUUACAUGCGAGAACAUGACACUUGCAUAGGUAAAUCUGUUAAGACACAGGUUAGCUGGGGCUUUAUUUGGGUUGUUAUUCUCAGUUUGGCUGCUGCUGGAGUUGGUGGUUAUGCACUUUACAAGUACAGAAUCCGGAGCUACAUGGACUCAGAGAUUCGGGCUAUCAUGGCGCAAUACAUGCCCUUGGAUAAUCAAGGGGAGGUCCCUAACCAUCUUCCCCAUGGGGAUAUAUGAAGAUGAUGAAGGUGAGGUGCUGCACUCAAAAUUGGGGAGGAAAGAUCCACCACCAGCAUCAAGAAUAUUUUCCUAUCCAAUGCUGGUGACUUUGUUGCAUCGGCAUUUCUCCAUCUUUUCUAUGGAAUUUGUUCUCACUCGUAUUUAUGUACAAAAAUCUGAACUAGAGCACACAUAAGUUCCCAACAUGGCAUGAUGAAUUUAGUGUAGUUUCUUUCUUCAUCUAUGUUGCGUCUUUUUUCUUCUUUUUUGUUGGUUAUAUAACAUACAUGGUUGCAGUUCAAAGGAUGAAAAAUAGAUCUUCAUUCCACCCUCCUGUAUUCACUCUUGAUUUCCAGAUUAUUUUUGUGUGGUACUGAAUACCAUGACAUAAGAUGGUAUUGACGAUGUUA